CGCCCCCCUUGAGCUACCGGAAGCGCCCGGACCCUUUAGAGGGCGGCACCGGCCGGAAGUGCCCGGCGCGCAGAGUUUGCUGCACGGGCUGGACCGGAAGUGCCCCGUCCACGUGGGGACGGAGAGGCGGCGGCGGAAGCAUGGGGCGCGAGGGCAAGACCAAGAACCAGAAGCGGGCGCGGGCGGCCGCCCGGCAGCGGGCCCAGGACCAGUUCGCCUCCGUCCCUCACUCCUUCGUCUUCCGCCGCGGGCGCGUGGGCCGGAGCCUGCAGCAGCUCGUCCUGGACGUGCGGCGGGUGAUGGAGCCGUUCACGGCCAGCGCCCUGCAGGUGCGGAAGAAGAACUCCCUGAAGGAUUUUGUGGCGGUGGCGGGGCCUCUGGGCGUGACACACUUCCUGGUCUUCACCAAAUCCCCCACCAAUGUCAACUUCAAACUUCUCCGUCUCCCCGGAGGCCCAACACUGACCUUCAAAGUCACGCAGUACUCGCUCAUCAAGGACGUGGUGUCGUCACUCAAGCGCCACCGAAUGCACGAGCAGCAGUUCACGCACCACCCGCUCCUCGUGCUCAACAGCUUCGGCCUGCAGCAGAUGCACGUCAAGCUGAUGGCCACCAUGUUCCAGAACAUGUUCCCCUCCAUCAACGUGCACAAGGUCAACCUCAACGCCAUCAAGCGGUGCCUGCUGAUCAGCUUCAACGCGGACACCCAGCUCCUGGACUUCCGGCACUACAGCCUGAAGGUGGUGCCUGUGGGGGCGAGCAAAGGCCUCAAGAAGCUGCUGCAGGAGAAGUUCCCCAACAUGAGCCGGCUGGAGGACAUCAGUGAGCUGCUGGCCAAGGACAUUAACCUGUCGGAGAGUGAGGCCGAGCAGGACGGGACCCACAAUAUCCUGGAGCUGCCCCAGGCCUACGCGGGCCGGGGGAACAUGAAGGCCCAGCAGAGUGCUGUGCGUCUCACUGAGAUUGGUCCCCGAAUGACCCUGCAGCUCAUCAAGGUGGAGGAAGGGUUGAGCCAGGGCAACGUGCUUUACCACAGCUUCAUUCUCAAGACGGAGGAGCAGCUCCGGGUGGCCCUGGCCCGGAGGGAGGAGCGGCUGCGGCUGAAGGCAGAGCGGCGCCGCCGGCAGGAGGCCGAUGUGCAGCGCAAGGAGGCGCAGCGGGAGGCCCACAGGAAGCAGAGCCUGGCAGGGAUCAAGAGGAAGCAGCAGCAGGAGGAUGGCGACAGCGGUGCUGAGGAUCCUGGGAUGCCGGAGGACCAGGACCCGGCCAACCAAUCAGAUGACGACGCGGAAUAUUACCGGCAGGAGGUGGGCGAGGAGCCUGACCAAGAUCUGUUCCCCAAAAGUGCUAAGAGGAAACAUGGGCCCCAGCGCUCCCCCCAGCCCAGCAAGAGACUCCGAACCAGCCAGCCUGGGGGGCAGCCUGCCAGCCCCCAGCCAGGCAGAGCCAGCCACAAGGCGAAGCACAGGAGACCCCCUGGCCAGCUGGGGAUCUCACAGAGGCCUGGCCAACAGAAGGACCCACGGAGCCCCAAGGCCCACAGGCGGCAGCAAGGAGCACGGAGUCUGAAGCCAAAAGGACCCACACAGCAGGGAACCAAGCGGGGCCUUAGGGUCCCUGGCUCCAAGUUCAAAGGGCCAGGGAAGCCGGGACUGCGGAGGAAGCAGGCAGCCCGGGGGAAGGGGCUGCUCCAGAGACCCAGGGCCCCCAAAAAGGGGCGGCACUACCUGAUCUCUUGUGGACCCCACUCAGGAUGGGAUCUGUGGGCGGUUACCCCACCCUCCCUGCCCCUCCCCGAAAGGAUGGCGCAAGGCCCUCCUGCCACCCUCCUGCUGUGGGGGAAGGGGUGGAGCAGCUUCUGCUGCGAGCAGGAAGGAACCACCACUGCUUCCUGCCCCCACUGGGGCAGCAGCACGGAGCUGGGCCAGGGCAGUGCCAGCCUAGGCCGGGACCCUAGGGCCACUUCACGCCACACUGCGCCAGCAUCCGGCCUGAAGGGGAGGCAGCAGGGAGCCUCGAACUCAGCCUCCCGCUUCCUCUGCCCCAGGAUGGCAGCACCAGGCCCCCACGGGCCGGCGUCCUGCAACGCUUCCCUCAGUACGUUCCAGCAGCAGAUGUGGCCCGUGCUGGUGGUCGAGUUCUUCCUGGCCUUUGCCGGCAACGCCUUCGCCAUCUACCACUUCGUGGCCCACGAGCGCACCUGGCACACGGGCAUCGUGUACUCCUUCAACCUGGCCGUCAGCGACCUGCUCUACGCCCUCUCCCUGCCCUUCCUGGCCGCCUACUACUACCCGCCCAAGCACUGGCCCUACGGCCUGGCCCUCUGCAAGCUCGAGCGCUUCCUCUUCAGCUGCAACCUGUACGGCAGCAUCUUCUUCCUCACCUGCAUCAGCCUGAACCGCUACCUGGGCGUGGUGCACCCGCUCCUGGUGCACGGCCGGCUGGAGCCCCGCCACGCCAAGCUCCUGAGCAGCGCCGGCUGGCUGCUGGUGGCCGGCCUCUCCGCCCCCACCCUCUACUUCUCGGAGCUGCAGCCCCAGGGGAACUGCACCGAGUGCCUGGGCAGCGCCACGGCCGAGCAGCUGCCCCGCUACCUGCCCUACAGCCUCUUCCUGGCGGCCUUCGGCUGCGGGCUGCCCUUCCUGCUCACGCUCUUCUCCUACGGGGCCAUCUUCCGCACCGUCUGCCGCAACCCCCACCUGACGCCGCUGGAGAAGCGCCAGGUGCGGUGGCUGGUGAGCGUGGGGGUGGCUCUCUACGCCGUCUCCUACCUCCCCUACCACACCCUGCGCAAUCUCAACCUGAGCCUGCGGCAGCGGCAGCCCAAAGGGCCGGCCAAGCAGCACGUGCUGCUCAUCCACUCCGCCUACCAGCUCAGCAAGCUCCUGGUCACCCUCAACAUCUGCACCCACCCGCUGCUCUACGCCGCCCUGGCCGACAGCAUGCGGGCCUGGUGCAGGGGCCCCCGCAGGCAGGACAGGGGCCAGCCCGCAGAGAACAUGGCGCUAAAGGCCUGUGGCUGACCCCGGGGAUGGAACCAGCCCCCCACGGGACGAGCUUUGCCCCCCAGGGCCAGCCGACCAUGCAGAGCAGCGGGGUAACAGCAGCUGCUCCAGCCUGGGAGACACACCCGGCCCCCACGAGGGGGGGCUGCUUGGGAGACACACCCAUGUUACCACAGCAGGGGCUGGGCUCCUUUGAGAUCAGCCAUUAAAGCAGAGUCUGAGCCCCCUG